AUGAGCAAUUCUUAUAUUCCAAUAACAGCUAGUUACUCUCUCGCAAACCAAUUUUCUUCCCCUACGCUUUCAAUAGACUUUAUACUCAAGUAUAUCAAUACCCUUACUCCCUCUGAGAGCAAACUCUUGCUCGACCCGCCCUUCAACGUCGACACUUCUGUCGACAUACUUCUUAACCCAAUAAACAAAAACAAUACCGAAAAUAAUUCUCCGCCUCGUCCACAAAACGCCUGGGUUAUAUUCCGUAAAGAUUUCGAAAACCGGUUGCGUAGACUCGAUCCUAACCACCCGCAUACUGUCCAAGACAUUUCCAAGUCUGCUAGUAAAUCUUGGAAAAAGCAGCCAGACGUGGUAAAAAAGUAUUUCAAAUUACUUUCAAAAUUGGCACUUAAAUUACACAAGGAAACCUAUCCCGAUUAUCAAUACAAACCAAAAGUCGGAAGACCAAAGAGAAAAAAGAAAAAGUGGGUGUUCGUACAAUUGGAUAAAGAUACGUUCGAAAACUGUGAGUACAUCAAACAUAAUGCAAACAAAGCAAAUGAAAGAGGGGUUUGCACACAGGAUAACGUUUACGAAAAUGAACAUUAUCAGACAAAUAAUUGUACAGUUGUUCAAGACUAUGACAUACAGUGCAGUAGCGUUAACGAAGGCUUGAAUUUCGAUAAUGCAUAUUAUGUACGCAAUGAUACAUUUCAAGUUGAUAAUAUGAUUAAUAAUGGUUUGAUCAGCGAUAGCCAACCUUAUUUCAAUGACCAAAUUAAUAUCGACGGUGUAUAUCAGCUCACCAAGCCACUAUUAUCGACUGCUGAUCAAUAUGAUAAAGCAACGGGUUUAAAUAUUGUGGCAAAUUAA